UGUACGCUCGUGUCACACAAUUAGGAAAUCCCUCUACUUGUACUCAGACAUGGCAAGGGCAGAUCUUUUCAAAACCCUGCUCUACACAAUGAACAGUAUACUUCAGCAGAAAAAAUACAAAGCUGCAUUUGCUGUCCUAAAAGGAUUCAGGAAUGGCGCCGUAUACGGCGCCAAGAUCCGCGCACCACAUGCUCUUGUGAUGACGUUUCUUUUUAGAAGUGGCAGUCUGAAAUCCAAACUGAAAGCUAUAGCCCAGGCCACAUAUAUGCACUCAAGGAACCUAGCCUACUUUGUGUUCACAUAUAAAGGACUUCAGGCACUUCAGGAGCACAUUCAAGGAAAGAGUCUUGCAUAUCACUCAUUCCUAGCUGCUUGUCUUGGGGGUUGGCUGGUAUUUGGAGACAAUAACAAUAUUAACAGCCAGAUAAACAUGUACUUGCUGUCUAGAAUUCUGUUUGCCUUGUCCCGCCUGGCUGUGGAGAAGGGCUACGUCCCCCAGCCCAAGAAAGACCCCUUCCCACUGCUCGCUGCCAUCGUCUGGGGUGUUGUGCUCUGGCUCUUUGAGUAUUACCCCCACACCCUGCAGCCAUCGCUCCAGACCUCCAUGACCUACCUCUACCAUGACAGCAAUGUGUGGCACGAUAUCUCCGAUUUUCUUAUAUACAACAAACCACAGACUUGAGCGAGUGACCUUUCAGUGAUUUUUUUUUUUUAUUAUUUAAACAAAAACUCUCAUGUCAGGCAAUAAGAAUACAAGACCAGUUUGUUUUGUUUUUUGUUGUUGGGAGGAUUUGGGUGAUUGCCCUUCUACGCUAUCCUUUGACAUAUUUUCUUUGUGGCUUGAAUUAACUGAUAGGAGUGUAAUCCUGAGUGAUCAGUGUUGAUUUUCACAUCAUAUACAUUAUGUCCCCCUUUUGAUUCUGUUCUGUUUUGCACAUUUGAGAGAACACUACAGUGAUUGUGCUUCAAUUGGGUUGUCUUGCCCUAAAAUGAGUUGUGACUCAUUCCGUCCAACCCAAAGCAUCUAUAUUGGUUUGCAGACAUCAGAUUUUAUGUACGUUUUGUAAGACUGAUGAUGCUAUCUGAUGUAAUUGAUUGCCCAAGAAUUCCAGUGGCUGACAGAAUUGCUAGAACAGACUUUUUGCCCAGCUGAUUACUGUUUUAUUGCUAUGAUCUUUACUUUCCAUAGGUAAAUAGACAUGGGUAAAUGUCCAAUAAUGUAUGAUAAGAUAAAAGCAAAGCACUGUAUGACAUUUCAGUUAUUAGGAAGGAGAACUAGAUGAGAGUAACACAUAUCCUGCUCAUAUCUUGUGCAUUCCACCUUUUGAGGGUGCAUUCUUUCUUGGACUAUUUCAGCAUUUCAAGUGACUACUGACUAAUGUUUUCCUUUGCAUAUGUGAACAUGUUAAAGAAACAAUAAGUCAUUUUUUUCAAUGAUGAUUCUUCAAAUGAUGAAACGGCCAUCAUACUGGCCUGGAUGUAUCAGAUUCUGUACUAAAUCUAUUUUAAACAUGCCCUCCUACAUAUGGAGGAACCUGCUCUUUGAAGCAAAUAUUAGUUAAUUUGAGGACUACAUCUCAUUAAUUUCCUAACCAAAUAUAAACAUUUUCAUUUAAAGAGCAUCAGUUUACAAUGUAAGCUGUACUUUAUAGUAAAAUAAUAAUAAUAAUAAUCACUUUCAUAAAUAGUUUUCUGUUUUAUGGUGGUAAAAGUGCCUGAUUGCUAGUUUAAACAAACUCGGGCGCCUCUAAAAGGACCCCACAAUGCAACAAAGUCCAGCUUGGCUCUGGAGGUGGGCUUAGUAUGGUUUGUUUAUGGUUGAAAUUGUGCAGCAAAGCAGCCCCGCUCCAUUUCACAAUGUUAUCUAUGGCAAAUCUCAAGGCUUGCCAUACCCAGUGACCAUCUUGAUGGCUAAAAACAAACUUGAAAAAAUGGAUGCAUAUGGGAUAAUGUGCUUCUCUAGCAACAUUUAUCUCCUCUAUGCUUGUCCUCUUUAGUUUAUUUUAAACCUUUUUGGUAUUUUAUGUCAGUUGUUUUUUGUUUUCUGUCAUCUGCUCUACGAAAUAACAUUGGUAUUUAAUGUAUCCAGCUUUAAAACAUUACUCAUAAUUUUAUGCUACACAGAUGGAGUCUGAGUUUUUAAAAGGAGCUAUGGUAAGAGGAUCAGUAAAAAAAUAAAAAUAAAAAAGUUCUCUUUAAAGUUCAAAUGCAUUGUGAACAUAAAAUUAAGUCAUUUACAGCUGGUUCACUUUUUACAGAAUUGAGUUAAGUUAAUUUAGAAAGAACUAUGUGAAAACAGUAGAGCACUACUCAGUUGAAUUUCAGUAAGCUUCGUCAGAUUUCUUAGACUAUGCAUGUGUGAAGACGUAUCCAGGUAGGCAAAGCUGUUCAAGAAAUUACUAGUGUUAUUUUGAAUGCACAGUCAUUUUGUUGGGGCUAAUGGCAUCUUUCAUCAGGCCACAGAGUUUCAUAAAUGAUCUCCAACACC